AUGGUAACUAGGAAGAACCCUAAAUCUCAAAAAUUAUGUUCACCAUCAGCAGAAUUGAUCGGGGGCAACGAUAGCUUACUGGAUCUUAUCUUUCCCCGUCUCCCUGUCAGAUCACUGACCCGAUUCAAAUCGGUAUCAAAACAAUGGUGUGCCCUUAUCUCCGAUGCCCACUUCGGCCGCCGCCACACUGUUGAAAACCCUAGUUCUCGCAUCCCCUCUGGACUCUACUUAUACAGGCCUGUCUGUUAUCGGGAUAAUACAGUUCAUUCAAUCUCUGUUGAUGAAUUAGGGCGUAAAAUUCCUUCUUGUUCAGAUACAGUUGAAAUACCUGAUCAUGCUCCAAUUAAGUUGAUGCGGAUGGCUCGUGGUUCACACUUCCGGCAUUUUGGAGAAUCUUGUGGACACUUGUACCUUGCAGGUGUCCGAGAUAAUACAGCAAAAAUUUUGAAUGUGUACGAGCUGAACCUGGUUAAUAUGAAGUGGAAUAUCAAGCACUGGGUUCAUAUUGAUCGUCUGAUAUCUUCAUUCCCACAGGUUAAUGUGAAUGGGGGAAAUCAGAUGUGUCACUCCACCCAAUCGAUAUUAGGUGUUCUUAGGGGAGAACGGGAUGAAGACUCAGCUCUUAUUGCAAAUGUUUUGGUUCAAGAUUCAGAAACUGGUCAACGGGUAGAUACCAGUGUUUCUGUGGUUGGAACUGGGCUGGAAUUUGCCAGGGGUGAGUAUUGCAAUGGUGCAUUUUAUUGGAUCCGGGUAAACAGGCUAUCUUGCUAUCGUUUUGAUAUCGAUGCUGAGAAAUUGACCCAAAUCGCUUUGCCUCCACAGGCUCGUGGUUCACACUUCCGGCAUUUUGGAGAAUCUUGUGGACACUUGUACCUUGCAGGUGUCCGAGAUAAUACAGCAAAAAUUUUGAAUGUGUACGAGCUGAACCUGGUUAAUAUGAAGUGGAAUAUCAAGCACUGGGUUCAUAUUGAUCGUCUGAUAUCUUCAUUCCCACAGGUUAAUGUGAAUGGGGGAAAUCAGAUGUGUCACUCCACCCAAUCGAUAUUAGGUGUUCUUAGGGGAGAACGGGAUGAAGACUCAGCUCUUAUUGCAAAUGUUUUGGGCACAGUUGUUUCGUAUAAUUUCAAGAGUAAGAAGGUUGAGGUGCUGCUAUCUGAGCUCCAAUGGAAGGAUGAUAUUAGGAGUAUUUCUGCUGGACCUCCAUUUGUUCCUGCAUAUCCACUGAUUGCAAGCCUACAUCAUUUGUAA